GUGAAAGUGAAAUUAAAGUGUGAAACGCCACCACCCUUUUCUCCGUUAUUUCUGGAACAGACGUCGUGUUACAUUCUGUUCGUUGACAAAUUAGCCUUUCGACUGUUUUGGUUUAUUUUUCUAAACUCCUAAUAGUUUUAUUCAUCAUUUACAAACAUCUUUACCUUGGAGUCAGACUUGUUUUGUUAGUGAAAUGAAGACCUUUCCGACCGCGGCGGCCUGGUGUUUUGGGAUUCUGUUCAUCAGUGUUUCAUUAACAACGACAGGGUCGUCUGAGGUUCAGGUUGUUGGAUCGGCUGGUGAUGACAUCAUUCUACCAUGUUCCCUGAAACCCAGUGUCAGUGCUGAGGACAUGACAGUGCAGUGGACAAGAUUGAACCUGAAAGCAGAAAAGGUCCAUCUUUACCUUGACGGUCGAGUCUCAAAUGAGGAUCAGUUUCCAUCCUACAAGGGAAAAACAUCAAUGUUUAAUGAAGAACUGAAGAAUGGCAACGUCUCCUUAAAGCUGAACAGAGUUACUUGCUCUGAUGUUGGAAGCUACAGGUGCUUCAUUCCAACACCGAGGCAGGAAACCACCGUUCAACUCAUUGUUGGUGCUGUAUCUCAGCCAGUGAUAUCUAUUGUUGGAACUAAAGACUGGGGGGUGGUCCUGAAGUGUGAGUCUGGAGGCUGGUGUCCUGAACCUGAGAUGGAGUGGCUGGACAGUUCUGGAACCAUCCUCCAUGCUGAUGGACCUCCAGAGAAACACAGGGACUCAGAGGACCGCUACGCUGUGAGACGACAUGUCACCGUGAACCAGACUGACACCAACAGGUUCACCUGUAGAGUUCAACAGCAGGAGAUCAACCACCUGAAGGAGACAGAGAUUCAUGUCCCAGAUGAUGUGUUUCCUAAAUCACAAGUAGGGUUGAUUGUUGGUCUGUCAAUAGCAGCAGCAGCUGUUGUAGUUCUUGCAGCUUUCGCUGGUGUCUACAAGUGGAGAACAGCUGAUUCUGUCCUGUAAGGGCUUGAAGAUGAUGAAAACAGACUCCUUCCCAAAAGUCAAGAAGAAGUCGACUUGGAAGGAUCUGGAUGAGCUGGAGAGGGGAGGAGCUGGAGAGGGGAGGAAGAGUUACUAUAGAAUUUAACUCUAUGCUAUAGGGUUACUAUAGAGAGACUAACUUUCUAUAGAGACUUAUCCCACCUAACAAUGCUGAGUAUAUAACUUGUGUGUGUUAUGAAUCUUGUUAAGACAAAGUCAUCUGAUAAACGUGUUAGUAAUUACUCUAUAAUCCACUUUCAGUAGUUCUUUACUUUUUAAAGUUUUACUACCCAUGUUUGUGUUAUGGGUUUAUAUCCAUUUCCUGGUUAUUCCAUAUAUGUUUUCCCAUAAACAAUGUCUUUCUAAUCCCCCUCAGGAAUUGAUAGAGUUAAAUGGAAUGAUGGACUAAGGUCUCCUGUUAGAAUCUGUUACAGACCCUCUUAUGUCCAGUACCUGAUAAUCAGGUAUAUCAACAAGACCACAGGACUAAGGUCUCCUGUUAGAAUCUGUUACAGACUCUCUUAUGUCCAGUACUGAUAAUCAGGUAUAU